AGGGAGCAGGGAGUCGAGUUGACAGAGUGUGAAGAUAUAUCUGGCGCAUUCCUUCCUCCCUGCACCCAGUGCAAGUCCGCGGAGGCUGCAGCCAUGAGGGAGAGACGGGCGCCGCAGCCAGCGGUGGUCAGAUGUAAGCUCGUGCUGGUGGGGGACGUGCAGUGUGGGAAGACAGCGAUGUUACAGGUGCUAGCGAAGGACUGCUAUCCGGAGACCUAUGUGCCCACUGUGUUCGAGAAUUACACAGCCUGUCUGGAAACAGAGGAACAGAGAGUGGAGCUUAGUCUCUGGGAUACCUCAGGAUCUCCCUACUAUGACAAUGUCCGUCCACUGUGCUACAGCGACUCAGAUGCAGUGUUAUUAUGCUUUGACAUCAGCCGUCCGGAGACAGUGGACAGUGCUCUCAAAAAGUGGAGGACAGAAAUCCUAGAUUAUUGUCCCAGCACCCGCGUUUUGCUCAUUGGUUGCAAGACAGACCUUCGAACAGAUCUGAGUACACUGAUGGAGCUGUCUCACCAGAAGCAGGCACCUAUCUCCUAUGAGCAGGGCUGUGCCAUAGCCAAGCAGCUGGGCGCGGAAAUUUACCUGGAAGGCUCAGCUUUCACCUCUGAGAAGAGUAUCCACAGCAUCUUCCGGAUGGCGUCCAUGGUGUGUCUGAACAAGCCCAGCCAGAUGCCCCCCAAGAGUCCUACCCGGAGCCUCUCCAAGCGACUGCUCCAUCUGCCCAGUCGCUCCGAACUCAUCUCUUCUACUUUCAAGAAGGAAAAAGCCAAAAGCUGUUCCAUUAUGUGAAGUGGGAGUUGGAAGGGGGAGACAACCCCCCACUUCCUCCCUUGGGGUGCAGAGGCACGGGGAGAGGGAGGAUGAGACAAUUGAAGACACUGGACACAAGUUUUUCUGAUGGCCGUGUUGAGGGCUUGGAAGGAGACAGGAAUGGGAUGAGGAAGGGACCAGGCCCCGCAUGAGGACCUGACAUUGAGUAAAAACCAUCACACCCCAAGCAGGGCGCCAGGUUGAGGAGGGGGCAGCUGUCCCAGUGCCCCCUAGUCCAGUGGAGGCAAAUAUGUGGGGGCCCCAGGGGGUGUGCUGGCCUCGUGGGCUUGGGGGCUUGCGGGAGCCUCCCCUUCAGCAUCAUGCCUCUUCCACACUGCGUUCCCAUGCAGGCGGGGGAUGGGAGGGGUCCCCAGCUUGUCCUUUCCCCUCCGUGGAGCUGCCAGAGGAAUGAAGAUCCAGGAAGUGAGAGGCAGCCCCUUGGGAGCUUGGCCCAGGUGCUUCACAACUGAAAUCAGAGGGCAGGGGCUGGUCAGAGCCAAUGAGAAGGAAAGCUCAUUUUGCAUAGCCCAUGCAUCAUGGAGAGGUGACAUUGCACAUUCACACGCUUCUCACCUGAGUCCCCAGGGUCCAAGGGAGAAGCCCCAGACCCCCUUCUCUUGCAGAGUGCGGGGGUGGUGGUGCUGCAGGGGCAGGGCUGGGGGGGAGAUUACCAGACUUUUCCUGCCCGUAGAGUGGCACAGUUGGCGUUUGUUUUAUAGACUCUUGUCUUUGGAAUUGGGGGGGGGGAGUGUUUCAAUCUGUUAUAUGUUCUGUGUUUAAAGAAGAUAACCUAUUUAUUAAUGAAAAAUAUAAUACAUAUAAAGAA